CAAGCAACAGCAUCACCACGGCAAAGUAGACGUAGAGCAACAACCGCACUGUCCCCCUGUAUACCCAAUACCGCCCAACGACUUCCAGACAUAUUCCCCUGCAGUCGCCUGUAUGUUGUCGCCGUCAAGAUAGCAGCUUUCCGGCCCUGGCCUCAAGUCACAGCCCCUCAUAGCACCGCCGCUGUCCCACAUCGAUCCCCGCCCUGGAAAACUUCCCAACCCACUCAACAUGGCAUUCCUAUUCCGAAACAAGCAGAAGAACAACCUGGAGCUUACCCGCUCUAUCAAAGAGCUUACGCUGCGGCUCGGGCAAGAAGACAGGCCCAACCCCAAGCUAGAGGAAGGACUUGCUCUGGACCUGCAACAGAUGAAAGUUAGACUUCAGGGCACACCCGACACAGAAGUCAACCCGGAGGCUGUCUUCCAGCUUCUUACAAACAUCCUCAACGAGGACCUCCUCUAUGCGCUAGCAAUCAACAUUCAUAAGCUCCCGUUCGAGUCGCGAAAAGACGCCCAAGUCAUCUUCUCCACUGCUUUCCGCUACAAGCCCGCAGGACAAGCUACACCGCAGGUAUUGGAACACGUCGUCGCAUACCGACCGGAUAUUAUAAUAGCGCUAUGUCGAGGCUACGACAGGCGAGAAAGCGCCAUGCCAUGUGGUGGCAUCCUUCGUGAAGCGCUCAAGUACGAUGCCAUCGCUGCGCUGCUGCUCUAUGACGAGCCAAUGGAAGACGGAAAGACGCUUGACUUGGGCAACGUGAACCCUGAUCUGCCGUCUUCUGGCAACGGUGUCUUCUGGAAGUUCUUUGACUGGAUAGACAAGGGCGCGUUUGAAGUCAGUGCCGAUGCAUUUAACACAUUCAGGGAAAUCCUGACAAAGCACAAGCCUUUAGUCGCUACAUUCCUACAAACCAACUUUGACACCUUCUUCACCAAGUACAACUCGAUGCUUAUCCAGUCUGAGAGCUAUGUGACGAAGCGCCAGUCUAUCAAACUGCUGGGCGAGAUCUUGCUCGACCGAGCAAACUACAAUGUUAUGACGCAAUAUGUGGACUCGGGGGAGCAUCUCAAGAUCAUCAUGAAGCUACUGCGAGACGACAGGAAGAUGAUCAACUACGAGGGUUUCCAUGUCUUCAAGGUGUUCGUUGCCAACCCGAAUAAAUCGGUCGCAGUACAACGGAUCCUGAUUAGCAACCGGGACAAGCUGUUACGGUUCUUGCCGUCAUUCUUGGACGACCGCACAGAAGACGAGCAGUUCAUCGACGAGAAGAGCUUCUUGAUCCGACAGAUCGAGCAGCUUCCGCCAGCUCCGGUCGUGCCACCGACAGCGCAAUAGCCAGUGUUGGAAGCGAGUAUGAUGUCUAUCUGUUAGGUUUUGCAUAUCAUGGCGUUUGAGGUUUGAUAUCCUUGGAGUUGUUCACAAGACGGGCGCAGCAUCAUCGGCGCAUUUUAAAUGGAUGGAUGUUGUGAAUGCAGGGUAGGCUUGCAGAUGCAGGGCCCGCAGUACGUUGUGCGCGGACAGCGGAUCAUGGUCGGCCUGCUUUUCCAAAAGUAUGUUUGCGCAUGUCAACCCCUUGGAGCCCCAAAAAUAGUUGUUCAAGGAAUGGUGAAGGUGUGCGAGCAAUCCGACAGCAGGCCACAUGCAGCAUUACAUACUAUGAUAGAUACCAAGUGCUCGCGUGCUGUAGCCGGCAUCUCGGAUCCGCAAAGACAUCUAGACUCC